GCCGGUUUCACAAAGAUAGACUUUGACUAUGACUUAGAUAUAGUUGAUAGUCAGACUUCAGAUAGACAUCUAAUUCAGACCAUUGCACAAAGCACUUAAGACUCUGACUAUCUCAAGUAGGACUACACUGCAGUGCAUUCUGGGUAAAAUAAGACACUUUUCAAAACAAAAAACAUGGCGGAUCGAGUAAGCGCAUUUAACCGGUCAGUUCAGUUUACCCCAGCAGAAAAUAUGUGUUUGUUGGAGGAGUAUAAUAGUUACAAGGACAUUUUACUAGGGAAAUUUAGCGGAGGAGAAUGUAGUAACAAGAAGAAAUGUUUAAUUUGGAAAAAGAUUUCCGCGACAGUAAACAGCAUUAAUCCGACCGUUGAGCGCAGCGUUAAAGACGUACAGAAAAGAUAUAAAAACAUGGUGCAAGAUGCCAAAAAGGAAAUAUUUAAGAGGAAAUACCCAAAAACGGGAGGAGGACCCCAAGAGAAACUUAAAGACACCACUGAAAUGGUGAUGAAUAUAUAUGGUGGACAGUCGCCGAUGUUCUGGGGGAUAAGCGGAGGACGGGAAAGUGGAGUGUGUGGAGCCGUCAACACUGACGUAACCGGCGGAGUUCCCUCAGCCACUGACAGCAGCACCCCGCCGCCACAUCAAGAGGAAGAGCCAGACAGUCAAGAUGAGAAUACAGUGACCCUGUCUUUGAAUUGGGACCGAAGCGAGGCAGUGGUGGAGGAGCCGGCUGAGAGACGUGAGGGGACAGGAGAUGAAGAGUCUGAGUCAGCGUCAGCAUCAGCAUCAGCUACAGCUACACCUCCUGGUCCCAUGGGUUGCACAACGGUGUUCAGAGGAACAACCAUGUCAAUGGCUCAGGUAGCCGGAGAUCCCUAA